CUAAUUCAACAUCUAUUUAUUUUUUUGUACCAUACUUCAUUUCAUGGCUCAUGUUCAAUUUUCUCUUUUACAAACAAGAAUAACAGGUAAAUAUGAUGAAACUUUGUAUCUUCUUGAAUGUAAGUUGAAGAAUGGUUAUAAACCUGAUGUUAUUCUCUGUACAAAACUCAUUAAGGGGUUUUGCAACUCGAAAAAGUCGGACAAAGGGGUGAAAGUUAUGCAAAUUUUGGAGCAAUUUGGUGAACCAGAUGUGUUUGCAUAUAAUGCACUUAUUAGUGGAUUUUGCAAAACGAACAAGAUUGAAGAAGCUAAUAAGGUGUUGAAUCGGAUGAAAGCUCGUGGCUUUCCUCCGGAUUCUGUUACGUAUAAUAUCUUGAUAGGCAGUCUUUGUGAUAGAGGGAAAUUAGGAUCAGCAUUGAAGUUGUUGGAUCAGUUGAAAGAAGAAAACAAUUGUAAGCCUACUGUUAUUACAUACACAAUCUUGAUAGAGGCAACGAUUCUUGAAGGCGGAAUUCAUGAAGCAAUGAAGCUUCUCCAUGAGAUGUUAUCGAGAGGUCUUCAACCUGAUAUGUACACUUAUAAUGCAGUUAUCAGGGGAAUGUGCAGAGAAAAGAUGAUGGAUCAAGCCUACGAGUUCGUUAGGAGUUUGCCAUCUAAGGGUUGUAAGCCCGACGUGAUCUCCUAUAACAUUUUGUUAAGGGCGUUGUUGCAUCAUAAAGGGAAAUGGAGUGAUGGGGAGCAGCUAAUGAAUGAGAUGUUAUCUGCAGGAUGUGAACCAAAUGUAGUUACUUAUAGCAUAUUGAUGAGUGCUUUAUGUAGAGAUGGGAAAUUAGACGAAGCGAUUAACUUGUUAAAGAUAAUGAUGGAUAAAGGAUUAACACCUGAUACAUUUACUUAUGAUCCAUUGAUUUCUGCAUUUUGCAAAGUAGGGAGAUUAGAUUUGGCUAUUAAGUUCUUGGAUUACAUGAUCUCGAACGGUUGCUUGCCUGAUAUAGUGAACUAUAACACUAUACUUUCUACAAUGUGUAAGAAGGGGAAAGCUGAUGAGGCAAUGGAAGUGUUUGAGAAGCUCGCGGAAAUAGGAUGUCCUCCUGAUGUGAGUACUUAUAAUACAUUGAUGAGCGCGUUAUGGAAUAAUGGAGGGAGAGCUAGGGCCUUGAAAAUGGUAUCAGAGAUGAUAGAAAAAGGUGUUGAUCCUGAUAAGAUAACUUAUAAUUCAUUGAUUUCAUGUUUAUGUAGAGAUGGGAUGGUAAAUGAGGCACUUGAUUUGUUAGGAGAUAUGGAAGGGAAUGGUUUUCCACCUACUGUUAUAACUUAUAACAUUGUUCUUCUUGGAUUAUGCAAAGCUCAUAGAGUUGAUGAGGCAAUUGAAGUGCUAGCAGAGAUGGUAGAAAAGGGGCGUCGUCCAAAUGAAACAACGUAUAUUCUGUUAAUUGAAGGUAUUGGUUUUUCAGGAUGGAGAGUUCAAGCAAUGGAGAUGGCUAGCGCGAUUUAUCAUAAGAAUGCUAUCUCGAAAGAAUCACUUCAACGUUUGAGAAAAACCUUUCAAGUACCUGAUGUUUAUAGUAAAGAUAUUACUACUAUCUUAGAAACCAGAAAGUAAGCUUCUUGAAUCUGUUUCUGAUAUGUUCUCUGUAUCGUUCCAAUUUUAUCAUAAGGUCCGCGAAAGGACAAGUUUCGUUCAUAUCAAUGUUCAAUACUUGUACAUCAAUGACAGUAAUAAAGAUCUCAGGCUUCUCUGUCUGCACUCUUUACAUUGUAUUCGUAAACUAACAAGCAUGUACCCAUUUGCUGUA